GCCUGCGCGGGCGCACUGAGACUAUGCGAGUGAGCGGAGCGUGGAAAGAUAGCGAUUUAGAAUGUACUUAUACAGUUGUAUCUAUCGAUGUGUCUAGUUUAAAUGGUAGUGAGACUUUUAAUGUCAAUUUACGAGCUGUAGAUAAUUUGGAAAUUCCUGAGCAGGACUUUAGGUCCAUCGAUUGUAAUAAAUUUGCCCACUUACAAAAGUUAAAAGACAAAUGGUCGCCUAAUGUAAUUUCUUGUAACCCUGAAGUUUUAAUUGGGCAGGAUAAUUAUGAUUUAAUUAUGCCGUUAGAAAUAUGUAAAGGUAAACCCUUAGAGCCGUUCGCUACGCGCACUGUCUUAGGUUGGUCCGUCCAUGGGAAGACGCGCGCCCCGCACGGCCGAGGCCCCCGCGCCGCCCACAACCUGCUGCUAGCAGCUGCUGACUGCUGCCCGAGCGCCCACGACGACGCGCUCCGCGACCUUCAUGAGGAAGUAAGACGCUAUUUUUCUAUUGACUCUCUAGGUGUGUGUAACAAGCCUCGUCAGAACAGCGAUGACGUCCGUGCCUUAGCCCAGUUGGACCGCACGACCACCUUCGCUGACGGCAGGUGGCAAGUUGGUCUGCCGUGGCGCGACGAGAACAGCGUGAUGCCUGACAGCUACCCUAACGCCCUAAAUAGGUUAAAGGGAGUUGAAAAGAAAAUGGCGGCAAACAGUGAGUAUGCUCAAAGGUACACGGAUCGAGUAAAUCAUUUGUUCCAAAAUGAUUUUGCCCGGGAGGUCAUUGACCCUCGAUCCGCUUCCCCUCACACAUGGUACCUACCUCACCAUGCGGUGGACAAUUUAAACAAGAAAAAGCUUCGUCUUGUUUUUGAUUGUGCCGCAAAAAGUAAAGGUACAUCGCUGAACGAUUACCUACUUCAAGGUCCCGACCUACUCGCGUCCCUAUUCGGCAUUAUGGUACGAUUUAGAGAGAAUAGGUACGCUGUGGCCGGUGAUUUGCGUGACAUGUUCCUAAGGGUCAAAAUACGACCCGAGGACCAGGACGCACUUAGGUUUUUAUGGAGGACUGACUCUAAACAGCCAGUCAAAACAUAUGCUAUGACGUCACUAGUGUUUGGCGCUAAUUCGUCCCCUUUUAUCGCCCAGUACGUCAAGAAUAGGAACGCACAGCGUUAUGCGUCCACAAUGCCUGCUGCCGUUGCUGCCAUCUGCGAGCAACACUACAUGGACGAUUACUUGGACAGUUUGCCGGACGAGGCCGCAGCUAUAAAAAUGGUAAAAGAUGUUACUUUUAUUCACAAACAGGGCGGGUUCGACAUGUGCAACUGGACAAGUAACAGCGAGGCAGUAUUGGACAGCGUGCCAAAAGAAGCCUUAGGCACAGCAGCCUUAAGGUUCAAAUUAGAUCGACAGCAAGAAGGUGAGAGAACGCUUGGUCUUAUCUGGUACCCCGCUACGGAUGAGUUUGGGUUUGAUUUGUCACUCAAACGCAUACCUAGCGAUAUAGUUAGCGGUAAACAAGUACCUACUAAAAGGAUCAUGCUUCGAGUAAUAAUGUCGAUAUUCGACGUGUUUGGUUUCUUAUCUCCAUUCACUAUUCAAGGUAAGAUAAUGCUACAGUCUUUAUGGCAGUUAUCCAUUGAUUGGGACGAAAAUAUUCCAAAUAAUAUUUUCGUUAAGUGGAGUGAAUGGAUUAACCUUUUAAAAGAAAUGCGUUACGUUCGUAUACCUAGAUGCUAUCUAAGUCCUAUAGGUACAAGCGGCUUAGGCAACCGAGCGACGGCAGAGCCGCCGGGCAGUGCUACGACGCGCGUAGCCGAUGACUCCUUCCCCGCGCGGCCCGCGACCGCCGCACCGCCUGCACAUACUACGCCGCCACCUACUUAUCAGCCGCGUAGCAGUGCUACGCCAAAGUUACAGUCGGCUCUUAUGGCAGCGAGACUGGCGGACAGCCUACAAAAGGAUCACAGGCCUGCUUAUGACGACGCUCUCUUCCAAAACGAGUGGUUAAAGGGCCCUUCGUUCUUGGGAAGCGACGAGUCAUCCUGGCCGCGUAAUAUUGUCGGCACUGCAGCUGUUGAACCUGAAAGGUCAGAAAUUAUAAAUAUAAUUAAUGACUUACCUGCUACAUACUUACCUGUAUUUAAUCCGGAGCGCUUCUCUUCGUGGUUGCGGCUGUUGCGGAGCACAUACCAUGUGUUAGUAUUCGUGCAUAAAUGUCGAAAGCAGACUUACGAUAACUCUGAGUUGAUGCGGCGAGCCGAGCUGCUAUUGGUGCGACAGGUACAAGAAGAAUGCUUCGGCGCGGAGUUAGCUGCAAUUAGAAAAGGUAUGAGUCUCGAACGUAAUAGUCGAAUACUUACCUGGUCACCUUACCUGGAUGAUUGUGGGGUCCUUCGCUGCGGCGGCCGUAUUAAUGCUGCACAGGGUGUUGGCGCCGAUACAAAGUACCCGAUUAUUUUGGACGGGCGGCACCAGGUGACGCGAUUGCUCGUGAAGCAUUAUCACAUCAGGGCUGCGCAUGAUUACCAGGAAACGGUGGUGAACAAUCUAAAGGAAAAAUACGCAAUCACGAAGAUAAGGCCGACGGUUAAACAUGUAGCAACGAGAUGCAUGUUUUGUAAAAUACGCAAGGCGCAACCACAUGUACCUGUAAUGGGUGAGUUACCUCCAGGUCGAAUGGCACAUCACCAGAGGCCAUUCACACAUUGCGGCCUUGACUUGUUCGGCCCAAUGGAGGUGGUGGUCGGCAGAGGACGCCAAAAGAGGUACGGGGUCAUUUUUACCUGCCUUACUGUAAGGGCGAUCCAUUUGGAGAUCGUACAUUCUCUCACGACCGACUCCCUCAUUAUGGCGUUACGGCGUAUGGCGUCGCGUCGAGGAUGGCCAGACUGUUUCUACUCGGAUAACGGUACGAACCUACGGGGAGCUGAUACCGAGUUGAAACGAUCUGUGCGGGAACUCGACAACAAAGCUGUCAAUGACUUUGCAUUGACCAAUGGUUCGAGUUGGAAAUUUAUACCUCCCGCGAGUCCCCAUUGGGGUGGGGCGUGGGAGCGCCUCAUACGCAGCGUUAAGAAAAGUCUUAGCGUUGUCCUUAAAGAGCGGGCACCGAAGGACGAAGUUCUCAGCACUCUGAUGGCGGAGGUGGAGAACAUCGUCAACAGUCGCCCGCUAACCCACGUCUCCGUGGAACCAGGUAGUGACGGCGCUCUGACGCCGAACCACUUCCUUCUUCACUCGCCUCCUAAUACCCCCGCUUUAGGUGCCUUUGACGAUUCAGACUUGUUCCUUCGGAAGCAAUGGCGGACGAGUCAAAGGCUGGCCGAUAUGUAUUGGCAGAGGUGGGUAAAGGAAUACUUACCGGAGCUACUCCCUAGAAGGAAGUGGAACACUGAACAAACUCCACUGAAGGUAGGAGACUUAGUUUUAGUUGUAGAUCCAGGAGCACCACGCAAUGUGUGGCCGAAGGCGGUCAUCCAGCAGGUAUUCCCAGGUAGGGAUGGUCGGGUCAGCUUCUACUACAAGGCCGUCAACGAGGCUUCUGAUCACUGCGACCUGUCCAACCGUGUUGGCAACCAAAUUGUAUUGUGCUGA